AUGGGGCUUUCUGACGGAGCUGGGCUGAUUUCGGCAUCCGUUGCCAAGUUUGCAACCCAAUUACACAACACCCCCUCCAUAGACUUGUCUCCCUCACGACUCGUGCUUUUUCUGCUGAUAGGCUCGGCGGCAGUCUAUAUCCUGUGGAUAAGACAGUCGGCGCUACGAAAAUUCCCUGGCCCUCCUGUCUGGCCAAUCAUCGGCAACCUGCCGUCCAUCUAUCGUCAACAUGCGGAAAGGCAAUUCCUUGAAUGGUCAGCCGUAUACGGCGACGUCAUCGAAGUGCAGUUUGGAAACCUGCCAGUGAUUGUUGUGAACACAGCCGCAGCGGCCAAGAGCAUCUUCACCGGCAGCGCAGCAGCCUUGUCAUCGCGCCCUAUAUUCCAUACAUUCCACCAGCUCAUUGCUGGAACCCUCGGACCUACUAUUGGAACUGCCGGGUACGGAGAUGCCCUGAAAAGAGGCCGCAAGGCGACGGCCGCGGAACUCAGCAAGCCCGCCGUCAAGGCCAACCUGGACAAGAUUGAUCUAGAGACGCGGCAUCUGGUGGACGAGCUCAACUGCUACGGGUGCGAGGGACACAGCCCGGUCGAAGUCUCCAAAGUCAUCAAGAGACUCACACUCAGUCUGUCCCUGGGCAUCUGCUACGGCCGACGAAUGUACCUCGGCGACCCCCUCACCCAGGAGAUCAUCUACAUCGAGGACCAGAUCCUCCGUCUGCGAAGCAUGACGGACAACCUCCAGGACUACAUAUCCAUAUUCCGAGUGUGGCCCUUCAACACAUAUCAACAGGGCGCCACCGGGCUCCGUGAGCGCAGAGACGAAUACGUCGGCCGGCUGAACCGCGAGAUUGAGGAGAAGAUGAAGGAAGGCAGCCACGAAGAGUGUCUCUACACCAAAAACUUCGACAGCCCCCAUCCCCUCCCGACAAAGGAGCUCUCCACCGUGCUUCUUACCUUCUUGUCCGGCGGGCUAGCCACGGCCAGCAACACCAUGCACUGGAGUCUUACGCUUCUUGCGGCACGGCCGGAAAUCCAGGAAACUGCUUACAAGGCGAUUCGCGAAGUCUACCCCGACAACAAGCAGCUCUUCGACUCUGUGUACAAGGACACGGAAGAGGUGCAAUAUAUAUCAGCCCUGGUCCGCGAGUGUCUAAGAUACUACACGCCGUCGCGACUCGCCCUCCCUCGCUUAGCUGUCCAGGACAUCCAGCACGAAGGCAGGACGAUAUCCGAGGGAGACACCGUCAUCCUGAACACGUAUGCAUGCAAUAGAGAUGCCAAGGUAUACGGCGACCCGUUCAACUUCCGCCCCGAGCGGUGGCUGGAGAACCCCGAUCUUCCCAUUUUCAGCUACGGCCUGGGAUACCGCAUGUGUGCGGGCUAUACGCUUGCCAAUAGGGAGAUUUACAUUGUGCUGCUGCGCAUCAUUGCUAGCUUCAAGAUUGGCGCGAGUACGGAGGUCGACGCUGAUCCCAUCACGGGGUGCUUUGAUGCUGCGCACCAGGCUAUGGCGCCGAAGAAGUCUGGGCUUCUUUUUGAGCCGAGAGAUGCCACGGGGCUGAAAGAGCUUUUGGGAAAUGCGGCUGGACGAUAA